AUGGCUUCUUGGGACGACCGCACCGUUACCAACGAGCAUCUGCUCCCUUACGUCGACUCGAGCACGGCCUCCCCCGACGUCAAGGCCGCGCUCCAGACCCUGCCCUUUGAGAGGAACAUCUUCAAGCUCCUCGCCAACAGCAACGUCUUCUUCAAGCCCUUCAUGACGCUCCUGUCGUCCGCGUGGAGCGAGGAACGCAAGAUCCGCUCCACCGACUGGCAGCUCAUCGUCCUCCGCACGGCGGCCACCCUCGACGCGCCCUACGAGUGGGACGUCAACGAGCCCGUCGCGCGCAUCUUCGGUUUCACCGACGAGCAGUUCGCCGCCCUCCGCAGGGCCGACGAGCCGCUGCCCGAGGGCCUCUUCACCGCGCGCCAGCGCCUCCUCGGCCGCAUCGUCACGACGCUGGGCCGCGAGAGCAGGGUGGGCGGAGACACCGUCGCCGAGGCCAAGGCCGUCUUCAGCGACGAGGAGAUCGCCGAGAUCCUGUACGUGCAGGGCAUCUACAGCUUCCUGGCGAGGUUCAUGAACAGCGCCCGCAUCGACUUUGACGCGCCCAUCCCGGGUUUGGAGGAGCAGCUGCGCAAGUACAACGCCAAGACGAUUGAGAAGGAGAAGCAGUAUGUGGAUUAG